UUGAACCCGCCUCCUCUCCCACAACAUCAUCCGGAUUUGCGUUGGACCGCGACACCGACCAUUGUCACCCGGCCAAGAUGAGUCGCAUUUCGACGCAGAAAAAGGAAGGCAAGAUGCGGAUUCGGGCUUUCCCGAUGACCAUGGACGAGAAGUACGUCGAGUCCAUCUGGUCGCUGCUGAAGAACGCCAUCCAGGAGAUUCAGAAGAAGAACAACUCGGGCCUGUCGUUCGAGGAGCUGUACCGGAAUGCGUACACGAUGGUGCUGCACAAGCACGGCGAGCGGUUGUACACGGGGUUGAAGGACGUGGUCACACAGCACCUGGAGACGAAGGUGCGCGAAGAGGUGCUGCGUAGCUUCAACUCCAACUUUCUGCAGACGCUCAACCAGGCCUGGAACGAUCACCAGACGUCGAUGGUGAUGAUCCGGGACAUUUUGAUGUACAUGGACCGGGUGUACGUGCAGCAGAACGACGUGGACAACGUGUAUAAUUUGGGUUUGAUCAUCUUCCGGGAUCAGGUCGUGCGGUAUGGGAGGAUUCGGGAUCACAUGCGCGAGACGCUGCUGAACAUGGUGAUGUGCGAGCGGAAGGGUGAGGCCAUCGACCACAUCGCGAUCAAGAACGCGUGCCAGAUGUUGAUGGUUCUGGGCAUUAACUGCCGCUGGGUGUACGAGGAGGACUUUGAGCGACCGUUUCUGACGCAGUCGGCAGCUUUCUACAAGCUAGAAUCUCAAAAAUUCCUGUCGGAGAACAGCGCCAGCGUGUACAUCCGGCGGGUUGAGGCUCGCAUCACGGAGGAAGCCGAGCGGGCCAAGCUGUAUCUGGACGAGAGCACCGAGAGCCGCAUCGUGGAGGUGGUCGAGGACGAGCUCAUCAAGAAGCACAUGCGCACGAUCGUCGACAUGGAAAACUCCGGCGUCGUGUACAUGCUGAAGAACACCAAAACCGACGACCUGGGCUGCAUGUACAAGCUGUUCUCGCGGGUCAACGGCGGCCUCAAGACGAUCGCCGACUGCGUCUCGCAGCACCUGCGCUCGAUGGGCAAGAACCUGGUGAAGGAGGAGGAAAGCGGCACCAACCCGAUCACGUUCGUGCAGAACCUGCUCGAUCUGAAGGACCGCUUCGACCACUUCCUCCACCACUCGUUCAGCAACGACAAAAUCUUCAAGAACAUGAUUUCGUCCGACUUUGAGCAUUUCCUCAACCUGAACAGCAAAUCGCCCGAGUAUCUGUCGCUGUUUAUCGACGACAAGCUGAAAAAGGGCUGCAAGGGGAUGUCCGAGCAAGAAAUUGAAACGAUCCUGGACAAGACCAUGGUAUUAUUCCGAUAUUUGCUGGAGAAGGACGUGUUCGAGCGAUACUACAAGGCACAUCUGGCAAAGCGGCUGCUGCUGAACAAGUCGGUCAGCGAUGACUCCGAGAAGAACAUGAUAUCGAAAUUAAAGACUGAAUGCGGUUGUCAAUUUACCUCAAAAUUGGAGGGCAUGUUCAAGGACAUGUCCGUGUCCAACACGGUGAUGGAGGAGUUCAAGAACCACAUCAGCAACGACCCGUCCGCGCUGGACGGGGUCGAGCUGUCGGUCCGGAUCCUGACCACCGGCUUUUGGCCCACGCAGUCUGCCACGCCAAACUGCAACAUCCCGCUGGCACCGCGGAGGGCGUUCGAAACGUUCAAGCGGUUCUACCUGGCCAAACACUCGGGCCGGCAGCUGACGCUGCAGCCGCAGCUCGGCACCGUGUACAUGAACGCCGAGUUCUACGGCGUCAAGGCUGAGAAGGAGAGUGCCGAGGGUGGCUGCAGCAGUACCGCCGUCGUGGCGUCCGUUUCCGCUCCACCCUCGUCGAUGGCGCUCGGCGCGCCCCGGAAGCACGUCCUGCAGCUGUCCACGUACCAGAUGUGCGUGCUGAUGCUGUUCAACAACCGGGAGCGGUUGUCGUACGACGAGAUCCAGCAGGAGACGGACAUCCCCGGCAAGGACCUGAUCCGGGCGCUGCAGUCGCUGUCGAUGGGCAAGCAACAGCAGCGUCUGCUGGUGCGGACGCCCAAGACCAAGGACAUCGAGCCGACGAACGUGUUCUACGUGAACGACGCGUUCGUGUCCAAGUUCCACAAGGUCAAAAUUCAAACGGUGGCCGCCAAGGGCGAGUCGGAACCAGAGCGGAAGGAAACCCGCAGCAAGGUGGACGAGGACCGCAAGCACGAGAUCGAGGCCGCGAUCGUGAGGAUCAUGAAGGCGCGCAAGAAGAUGGCCCACAAUCUGCUGGUAUCGGAUGUGACUACCCAGCUCAAGAGCAGAUUCAUGCCGUCCCCGGUGAUCAUCAAGAAGAGAAUAGAGGGCCUGAUCGAGCGCGAAUAUCUGGCCCGAACGCCCGAGGACCGCAAGGUUUAUGUGUAUCUAGCUUAAACACUGUAACAAAAGGGAACGUAAACAGUUGCAUUGGAAGGCAUCAGCUGCAGGACACUACUCACACAUACAGACACACAUACACGCUCACAAAUUCGGACACACCAACACUCACAGACACAUUGGGAAACCAUUCAAUUAAAGAAGAAGAGAAAUGCAGCAAAAUGAAAGUUAACUGGCGAAGAAAUUCCUCUCUUUUAAAAGGAAGAUCUCCUUUCGUGCGUGCGUGUAAUUUUCAUCGAAUAAACCGGUCACCCUGCUUUCGUGAUUCCCGCGUGUGAUCGUGCCGUGCUUUGUUCAUCGUUUCAAUGUUUUUUAUUUUGAUUUUUGUACAAAGAAAAUAAAGAAAGCAAAAUUAUAUUCGUAGUUUGUUGAACGCGCGCAGCAUUGUGUUCAGUUCAUUUACUCUCACACCCACAAACACACUCACUCACACACACACACACACUACUUCCUAUCGCCGUAGUUGUAAAACACUUUUUUUUGUUUGACACAAAACCCCCCGCGCGCGACUAUUUAUUACAAAUAAACGCGAGAAACUUAUAAAUAUAUUAUACAUAGAAGAGCAAAACUUAAAGGAUUAAAAAACAAACAGAAAAAAAAAGAGAUAAAGAAAGCAAAACACACACCGACACACACACACAUAUUUAAGGCUAAUUAAAACAGAGACAAAGACAGACCGACAGACAACCGGAAACGUCGCGCGAUUCUUUAAGUGAAUUAAUAGCAUUAGGGACACACACAAACAAACAAAAAAACUGAACAGAAAAGAGGAAAAAAAUGUGAAGGCGAAAAAAAGUGCGUUUUAAAUUCAACAUUAAGAAGGUAAACUAAAAGAGCAAAACAGCCUGCAACAACAGAUGGAAAAAGGACACAAAAUUCUAUUGUUUUUUUUUCUUCAAAUGGCGAAGUGAUUCGAUAAACAAGAGCGAGAGGACAGAAGCAUAUUAUUAUAUAGUAACGUAAAGUAAAUUAAUUAUUAAAUUUGAAGAAGAAAAAAGGAAACCCCCUAUUCAUUAAAAAUAGAGAUGAACAGCAAAAAACUGCGAACAAAA